AUGGUAAAAACUAUAGAAGAUAAAAAGAAAAUUAUUAGAAGUUUAAUUAAUCUUAUAUUGGAAGCUACUGAGGGAAGAGAUACUUUGAAAUGUUCACAUGUUAGUGAGAAUCUGGAGCAAAGAGAAAAUUUCAAUAAUGACUUAGAAAAUAAUGAAGAAACCAAUAAACAAUUGUCUAAUUCUUAUUUGCAAACCAAUGUUACUACCAAUACUUCACAAGCUGAUAAGAAAGAAAAACAUGAGGAAUUUCAAGCUGAAAAUAACAAAGAAACAGUUGAGCCUAUGACCAAUUACCACCAAUUGAUCAAUGUUAUUUCUAGAGAACUUGAACAAAUGACCCUAGCAAAUGAUAAUACACAAGCCAGUGUUAUUGAAUCUAUUCAAGAUAACGAUUAUGAAGAAGGCUCUGAAGUAAGCAAUGAUGAUUCACCAGGAUGGUCAGAAUGUGAGGAGCGCUAUAGAAAUAAAAAGGAAUUAUGUGAAUAUUGUGGAUGUUCUGUAUGCAAAUGGAAAGGUGAUCGAGACCACAUUCUCAUAUGCGAUGAAUGUGAUAAAGGUUUCCAUACUAGAUGUUUAAAACUCCUACUCUCAAGAAUUCCUGCUGGAAAUUGGUACUGUAAGGAAUGUGAUAGUAAGAAUUCAAAGAAAUCGAAAUGUAAAAUGCGACUUGAAUAUUCAAGUUCAGAUGAAAUUGAUAAUCAAAGUACAAGAAAAAUCAAGAAAUUGAAAACAAAAAGUGACAAAAAAUAUAAGUCACGACAGGAUACUUUGGACUCUGAUAGUGAAGACAGUCAAAAUAUAAGAAAAUCAUCAAAGAAAAAGAAGACAAGUCAAGAUAAAAAAUGUGAACUUUAUCAGAUCCUUCGGAGGAUAGAUGAAACAGAGAAUGUGCCAAUAACCCAAUCAGAUACGAAUAAUCAACAGGAUAAAAUAAAAAAUUGUACUCGCACUGAUGUCCAAAUUAAUGGAGAUCCAAAACCAAUAAUUAUUUAUAAUGAUAUGCCAAAAUUUAAAAUUUUUAGAGAAGUAUUUGACAAGUGGAUUGAUUUUUCACGUUCUUUACCAGUUCCUAUAAAAAUUGAGGAUGGGGAUGAUAUCAAAAUUGAUCAAGAAUCUGGCAAAAAAAGUCAAGAAAUAAACCCAGAAGCAAAUAACUGGAAUUGUGAAUUUUCUAAAGGUGAAAGGAUUGCAAGUCAUGUAUAUAAGAUAUUGGUAGAAUUAUCUACAAUUUACUAUAAAGGUAAACCAGCAAUAAUUAAAAAUGUAAUGGUUGCAGCCAGACUAAGAGUUAUGACAAAGGAUAAAUUUGCUGAGCUUAUUAAAAAAAUUGAAGAGCAGGAACCAGCAGAUAAUAAUGAUUAUUAUAAGUUAUCUGAUGAAAACUUAAAGGAACUAGAAAAUAGCUUUUAA